UUCUCCAAUGCGGAAGUGUGUGUUCCCGUCACGCUCAGCGCCGUAUCCUAGCAACCGGAGCCAAACAAGAGAGGCAGGCGGGCAGGGCUGAAUGCAGCAGAGCGAAGGAAGGAAGGGAAGGUGCUGAUAGUAUUUAUAGAUGAAAGUUUUCAAUGUUGCUUCACUACAGAAGAAUUCGUAAUUCUUCAGACGCAAUAUAAAUACCAAGUUAAUUUUGCUGUAUGAAGUCAUGCUGAGAUUCCAAGAAGUUAAGCCUGGUACUUCUCUAACAUCUGUUUCUGCUGGCUCAAAGACAUUAAUUGCAGGACGAUAUACUAUUCAGCAAAAACUUGGAUGUGGCAGCUUUGGAACUGUCUACUUGGUUUCUGAUAAAAAAGCAAAAGGAGGAGAAGAAGAAUCGAAGGUUUUGAAGAAGAUUUCUGUGGGAGACCUUAAGCCCAACGAAACUGUUGAAGCAAAUUUAGAAGCACAGUUGUUGUCUAGACUAGACCAUCCAGCCAUUGUCAAGUUUUAUACCAGUUUUGUAGAAGGAGAAAGUUUUUGCAUCAUCACUGAAUACUGUGAGGGUGGAGAUCUUGACUUUAAGAUUCAAGAAUACAAAGAAGCUAACCACGUGUUUUCUGAAAGCCAAAUAGCUGAAUGGUUUAUACAGUUGUUACUUGGCGUCAGUUACAUGCAUGACAGGCGAAUUCUUCAUAGAGACUUGAAAGCUAAGAAUAUUUUUUUGAAAAAUAAUCUUGUUAAAAUUGGGGAUUUUGGAGUUUCUCGACUCUUGAUGGGGUCUUGCGAUUUAGCAACUACAUUUACCGGGACACCUUUCUACAUGAGUCCAGAGGCUUUGCAACAUCAAGGUUAUGACACAAAAUCAGACAUUUGGUCACUAGGAUGUAUUUUGUAUGAGAUGUGCUGCUUGGAUCAUGCAUUUACUGGUCAUAAUUUUUUAUCAAUUGUUCUAAAAAUUGUGGAGGGUGAGACCCCUUCCCUUCCCGAUAUGUAUCCAAGAGAACUGGAUGAAGUGCUACACUGUAUGCUGAGCAAGGAUCCUUCACUGAGGCCAUCAGCUACAGAGAUUUUAAGAAUUCCAUACAUUGCUGAUCAAUUACAGAUUAUGAAAUAUAAAGUGACAAAUACGACUAUGAAGAAGCUGGUCCCCAGUACACCAGAAGAAAACAGUUUUAUCACUAAAGUUAUGCAGAAGAAAGUACAUCUACAAACCCUGAGAGCUCUAUCAGAAGUGCAGAAAAUGACACCACGUGAGCGAAUGAGACUGCGGAAGUUAAAUAUCGCUGAUGAGACAGCACAAAAGCUAAAAAAAUUGGCUGAAGAAAAAUACCAAGAAAAUCAUAAAAGAAUGCAAGAGCUUAGAUCCCAGAAUUUUCACCAAGCAAAAAUAGAUGUGCUUCAUGAAUCAGAUGAACAGAAUGGAGAGUAUCUGGUUAAAUCUCAGCAAGAAAUUGCACUGGAUUAUCUGUCCAUAGGAUUCAGUGACCAAUCUGACAGUAGUACAACAGACAGACUCUGUAUGUCUGAACGAGAAGAUAAUGAGAUCCCGGAAGAUCCACUAAUUGCAGAAGAGUAUUACAAUGAUGUAUUUGAUUCAUGUUCAGAAACAAGUGAGGAUCAGGAAGAGGAAGUAGAUAUGGAAGCAGAUGAGGUGAAAGAAGAUGAAGAAGAAGAUACAUUAUUCACGAUGUAUACAACAAAUCAGCAGGACAGUGAUGUUGAAGCAAUGGUCAGACAUAUGGAGAAUAUCCUAAAUACUAACUCUUUAGGUACUGGAACUGCCACCAGCAUGACUCCACUCGGACCCCAGGGAUCAAGAGUUCCCAAUGACACCACGGCAGCAACCAAGCUGAGACGUAUGAGAGAGUCAGCUAUUCAGAAACUGGGAGCAGAAAUCUUUGAAAAUGUCUACAGGUUCCUCCGCCAAGCAAGACGGGAACAUGUAAGUGAAGAUAAAAUCAGGGAAUACCUGGAAAAAAUAGUGCCUCGGGCAAGCGACUGUUUUGAAGUAGAUCAGCUUAUCUAUUUUGAAGACCAGCUCGAAGAUGCCGCAGUGUGACGUCUAUCUCAGAAUGGAUUUACUUGGAUUCUCUGAAACCAGUGAACAAAGAAAGUUUUCAUCCAGAAUCAAGCAAGCAUCAUGUGAUGUGGUUAGAGUCAUGUGGUUAGAGAUAUUCACUGCUAUUUUGUAGUAUGGCUAUAUGAGACUAAGAGCACUCUACUUCAUGUCCUAAUUAUCUCAUUCAGAGCUUUUCAUCUUGUCCAUGCAGAAGCAGUAUUGGUACCUAAGAGCUCAACCAUCUUUUCUUUGAAAAUUACUGCAGGAAGGUUAUAUGACUCUAUGGGGAACAGUGGUGUUCAACAACCUACACCCCAUCCAUAUUUUGAAAUGAUAUGCAAUGAUAAGUGUAACAUAUGAGGUGGAAAAACAUUACAGAAUCAACGAAAACUACUUUGUUUUGGUGUAUUCAAAUUAUUUAGAAAUUAAGUGGGGAAUGCAACUGCUUUAACACUUGUUUGAUUGUAAAUGUUGGGAUAAAUUCUCUAUGGUAUUCUAGGCAGCAUUUUUUUACUUUGAAAAACAGACUUUGUGGGUGAAAGUUUCCAUUUCCCGAGGGGCCACCACAGUGUUUUCCUCUCUUUUUUUACUCUUUGCUUCUCUAAUUAACUUUUGCUUUGUGUUGUCGAAGGCUUUCAUGGCCGGGAUCACAUGGUUGUUGUAUGUUUUCCAGGCUGUAUGGCCAUGUUCCAGAAGUAUUCUCUCCUGACGUUUUGCCCACAUCUAUGGCAGGCAACCUCUGAGGAUGCCUAGCAUAGAUGUGGGUGAAACGUCAGGAGAGAAUACUUCUGGAACAUGGCCAUACAGCCCGGAAAACAUGCAACAACUCUUGCUUUGAUGGUGUUCCUGUUUCAAAAAUGAAUCUUCUAGUAUAUUGUUAUCCUUACAGAGCAGAACAAAUUUGGCUAUGUGGUGACAUCACUGAUAUUAAAGAAAGAAACUUAAAAAACUUUCUGAACAUUUUCCACAUUCAAAACUAGCUUUGUUUACUCUCAGAAAUGUCACAGAACCAAUCUUUAUUCCCUCCAGGUAUUUAGAUGGAGAGGCAAAACAGAAGCACCGUCUCUCCAAAUGCAAUCUUCCUUCGUUCCUCAGAUUUGGGAAUGAAGGAAAAUUUAAGAAGGGACAAAAUUCUUAUUUGAGAUGUAAUCCCCAACCCAACUGAAAUUAUUCUUUUGACAUCACUGUGAAUAGGAACAUGAAGCUAGUUUCCAAACAGAAGGUGUGCUAAAGGUUCAACCAAUCAGGACUGCAUAGGGAAGGCUCAAAUGAUGCGUCACUACUGCUCUAUCUGAUAUCAAUUGUGAUCAUUGCAUAUAUGGAAGAGGAUGUGACAGGGAGAAAAGGAUACAUUUUUGCAUGUUAGAAAUGGAACAUUUCCUUUGCUCCAUGAAAAGCCAAGUCCUCCAAAUCUUCAAAAAGAUGGGUAGAAAAUAUUUGCAAUAUUGCCUCUCCACCAUGGUUCAGCCCUGUUAAAAAGUAUUGCUUUCAAAUAUAUGUCAUGUACAGAUCAUGCAUGUUUCCUUUUAUAAUGCCAUAUAUGGCCAUUUCAACCUAGCAGUCUUAGAAUAAUUUUUAUUCUCAUUUUAUCAACACACAGUAAAAACAGUUACAUACUAGAUUAUUCUCCUUAAACAAUUUUUGUUUAGCUUCACUUUGUUUCAGUUAUAUUCAUUUUUUUUGUUUCAACUCACAGUCAGCUUUGUUCCCAUGGGUUUUUUUUGUUGCUGUUAUUGUUUUGAGAGGCCACGUAAUGUAGCCUGCUCUGCUGAGCAAUCUGGUAAUAGUCCAUUAUGGUUCCAAGCCUCAUCUAGUUCAUUUUUAAAGGGCUGUCUGAUAUCACAGUAUUAGAGUCAUCAACCCCUGUGGCUUUGAUAAUAUGAAGUCAAAAAGAACAACCCGUGGGUGAAUUAGACUACCUGGAGGAGUCAGCUACUCUGGUAUUCAUUAAGAGUAACCUUUUCAGUCUGGAAUUCAUGUUCUUAGCUACCCACCUGUCUUCAGGGAAACACUUUCAGGAGUCCAUUUUUUAUAUAUUCAAAGAGAGAGAGAAUCAAGUAAACUUAAAACCGCUUCAACUGUUUUCCUUUUCCAAGGCAGACUAUACUCUGAAAUUCAUUUUACUUUCAGCCCCAUGGAUUCACUGAAAUCUUUCCUUAAUACACACUGUAAGUGAUGGUCGAUAUGAAAGAUUCUUGCAUCAUAUGUGGCACCAGCAAGCCAGUUUCAGAGGACUGGGGGUGCAUCCAGACAGUCCCUUUAAUGCAGGGCUUCCUGCCACAAAAAGAAGGCUGUCCAGAUGACGUCUUUGGAAAACAUGAAUUAAUUCACCACAAAUCAGGAAAAAUUGUUAAUGGGUUUAUUCUGAGCCUUCCAGGAUAGCACGGGAUAAACCUACUACUUCCCACAGUCCAGACAGCAGUCCCGCAGUCCAGACAGCAGCCCCGCAGUCCAGACAGCAGUCCCGCAGUUUUCUGGGCUAAAUUAGCCUGAAAAACUGCGAGGACACCUAGCCCCUCCCCAAAAGCCCCCCAAACCCCUUUGAAAAGUAAAUUAACUUAUCGGGCCUCCAUUAACUGAAUUUAUUGUCAACAUACUGAAGCUAUGGCUAAUUGACUGCAUUUACAUCCUGAGGAGUCCUAUAGAAUUGCUCCAAGACUUCAGAGACUUGGAUUUGUUUUGACUCCAAGCCAGGUUUGAGCCAAUUGAUUUGUACACUGAUAUAUUUAGUUUCACUGCAUAUUACAUACCAUUUUGGAGAGACUGAAUGUAAACAUAUUGUGUUGCUAACAAAUUUUAGUUGGAGUCUGGUUGAUAUAUGUUUGAUAUAUGUUUUAUACUGAAAACUGCUCUGGAUGAUUGCAGUCUAUAAAUCUUUAUACUCUGUAAGUUACUACUCUGUAAGUUACGACUGUGUGCCACUACAGCUGACUGAAUUUGGUAAUCAGUUACAUUAUUAUUUGUAUUAUUUGUAUUAUUGUUAACAUUAUUAUGUAUAUGAUGCUCUAAUAUACAUAUUGUGUUCUAUGCUUUGAA